CUUUGCGCCUUUGCUUCUGCUUUCUUUUUUUCUGGGCGAGGCUCCGGCGCUGAAGGGGCGCGAUGGCGCAGAAGACCGCCCGCGACCGCCUGCUGGACGCCCUGGAGGACCUGGAGGACGACGAGCUCAGGAGGUUCAAGAGCAAACUCCGCGAGUUCCCCGUCGAGCAGGGCUACGACAACAUCCCCAAGGGGCGGCUGCAGAAGGCGGACGCCCUGGACCUCAGCGAUCUGCUGCUCAGCUUCUACACCGAGCGUUACGCCCUGCAGGUGACGGCCGCGGUGCUGGAAGCCGUCAACUGCAAGUGCCAGGCGGAGGCGCUCCUGAGAACCGGCAGGAAGGGAAUGCAGCCACCAGGCCCAUCAGAGAUACAUUUCAUUGAGCAACAUCGAGAACAGCUAAUCCAGAGAACGGCCACGGUGGAGGGUGUUCUAGACCUGCUGCACGGAACAAUCCUGGAUGAAGAGCAAUACCAAAAGAUCUCCUCAAUGAGAACCAGCCAGGAAAAAAUGCGGGAACUCUACAAGCUGGUGCCAAGCUGGAACCUCUACUGCAAGGAUCAGCUGUUCGAGGCCCUGAAGGCCAAAAACAAGUUCCUCAUUGACGACCUUCAAGGGAAAUGAGGCGACCAAGGUGCAACACCGCUCCAGGGCACAGGAAAUCAAACUGUGCAUACCAGGGCUGCAGGAACGUUUUCAUCCCGAAGGACAGUUUCCAUUUUGGAGACGUUCUCUAGGGCUUCAUUUCAAUGGUGGGAGGGGACACAAGCAAAAAGGGGAGGGGCCAAAACACCAGCAUAUUGUAGCUUUAAGCUCUUACUGCCAGUAACUAAGCUUUAGGAAAGGCAUUCCUUUCCUUUGUGAACCGCCCAGAGAGCUCCGGCUAUUGGGCGGUAUAGAAAUGUAAUAAAUAAAUAAAUAAACAUGGUGCAGGGGUGGGGGGACAGCACAAAGGCUGAGAAAUUACCAAAUGAUUGGUAGAUGGGAGUAAGGGGGUGGGGAGCACAGAAGGCCAUAUUUGACCCCUGAGCCUGAGGUUCUGCACCCCUGCUGUAUACCAUGACAUUCCUAAAGAUAUCGUCUCCCAGACAUCUAUUUUGCUCCAUGCAGAAAUUCAUGUAAAGAUAUUCUGUUUUGCACUAUGGAGAAAGAAAUGUAGGUGGCCACAGUGAGAAGAAUACAGUGGGGGCAGAAGCACUUCAGUGCAAGAUUUGUCAUUUAUAAAGUGCCUAAAGUUUACUAAGUGCCUCUAAAUUGAUUAAAAGCAAGACAGGCCCUGCCCACAAGCAUGCAUUCUGAAACACACAACAUGAAAGGAAGAAGGGAUGGGGAAGGAAGAGGAAAACAAAUGCACUCAGGCACCGGUUCCUGAAUUGACAUAGUUCUUAUUAUACAGUUCUUAUAAUUAUAAGCUUGAAUAGAAACAGUUCCAAGAGGGGAGGAACCAAAUGGCAUCUUGUCUCAGCCAAGCUGAUGGAGUGGGAUCUAUUGCUCCAUUUCUUCCUCUGCUGCAACCAUACAGUGUAGGCCCAAGGGGAUGAUCAACUUAUCUGAAGAACAGCUACAGAGUAAUGCAAUAUGGCGGUCUGCCUUUGCUUCUCUUUUCUAAUAUUCCCAUAGUUGCCUUCCAUUUAAUCUCCUGACUGUCUUUCCAUGUGCCCUCAUCCAACUCUGUCCCAAAAUGAAAAAGAUAUAUGUUUUUCCCAUUCUAAUCAAUGUGUAAGUCAUCCUAGGCUUUGGAAAGCAAUAGAAAGCAAGGCUUUUCUCUGGAUCAAACCAGAGUGUGAUGACAGUCUGAGAACUCCAUCAGACCAGCAAUUUAUCAUACACUCGUCAUGCCUGGUGUGUGGUUUUGCAGUCCGAUACUCACAUGACAUCUUCCAUGUCCUGCACUCAUUUUGCCUCUUCCUCUGCUUACAUCUGUGUAAUUUUUAGAGAUAAAGAGAUCAAAAUAAGCACAGUGAUAGCUCUUAAGUAGAGCUCUCAGCAUGCCAAGUUUGAAUUAAAUCAAGGCCGGAUCUACACUAUUGCUUUAAAGCACUUUAUAACAGUUAUAAAGCGCUUUAACUGCUUUAAAGCACUAUGAAACUGUUAUAAAGCUCUUUAAAGCAAUAGUGUAGAUCCGGCCCAGUUCAACCCAUGAUUUUUUUUAAGGAUAUUUUAAAUUCCCCCCUUAAACCUUUUUCCUGAUAGUCCACCAGUGCAAAGGAUCAUUUCUCCUUUCCUUUGAUCAUGCGAAGCUGUGCAUCUCCAAGUUUAUAAACUACAGGUCUGCUGGUUCCCUUACUCAAGAGUAAAUCCCAUCGAUUUCAACUGCAUUUACAUCCAUCAUACUAAAAUCAGAUGCAUGCUUACCUUUGAGUAAACCCAUUGAACAGACAGAGACUUACUUCUGAGUAAACAGAAGUAAGACCUCAGAAGUAAACAUAGGGUUGCAGAGCACUCCUUUCCAGUUUGCUGUUUUAGACAAAAAAAAAGGCUUCUGAGUGACCGCACUAUUAAAAGUCAGUUCUAUAUGUUUACUUUCUCUGUUCAAUGGGGUUUACUCAAAGGUAAGCAUGCAUCUGAUUUUAGUAUGAUGGAUGUAAAUGCAGUUGAAAUCAAUGGGGUUUACUCUUGACUAUCUGAAAAGCAAUAAUUGAUAGGGAAAGUGUCAGACAGGCUUGAUUAAAAAACUACAUUUUUUAAUCAGCAGAGCUAGCUGGCAUAUACACAGUCAGAUUAUUUUGUACUAAGAAGAAGAAGAAGCACCAAGCAUGACAGGAGCAGGCAGAGAGACCAACAGGGCCUGCUCCAGUUGGAUCACACCCACACCCACAGGGCUUACUGACAGCAAUGACCCUGUGGGGAAGAAGAAGGAGCUGUUGGCCUGCCCCUCCUUGGGAGAUGACAAGGGGGAGCAGGGCCUUCCCACCAGCCUGAACAGUCUCCUUAAUUUCCUUUUAUUUUUUUCCCUCUUCCCUCCCCAUCCCCUUUUCCUUGUGUGUCAUGUCUUUUUUAGAAUGUAAGCCUGAGGGCAGGGAUUGUCUUCUUUACUGAUCAAUUGUAAGCCGCCCUGGGAGCCUUUUUGGCUGGGGAGUGGGAUAAAAAUACUAUAAAUAAAUAAAUAAAAUCCUUUUCUACAAUCAAA